AUGGACUUAUCAAUAGAUAAUAUUACAAAUGAUUCUGUUUUUCAAUCUCAACAACAACUUGGCUGUGAAACAUUAAUGUAUAUUGUACAAUCAAUUUAUGAUAUUAAAUUUGAUAAUGAUCCAAAUAUAUUUAUUCUUACAGAUAAUUCUCAACCAAUUAAUAAUAAUAGCUAUUAUCAAGAAAAUUAUAAUUUAAUUCAAUCACCAAUUAUUGGUCUUGCAAGAUCUAUUAUUAAUGAAUAUAAAAGUAAUCGAAUGAAAUUAAUCGACUUACAAUUUUCUCGUUUAACAAUUGAUCUUCUCGAUGCAUUAAUAAAAGAAUUAUAUUUAACAAUUAAUUCUUCAUCAAAUUCUUCUCAACAUGAAGCAGUUGUAUUAAGUUCUUAUAAUAACAUGAUACAAAGAUUUACUCCAAAAUAUUCAAUAAUUGAAUUAUCAAAAUAUCAAAAUCCAAAUUUGAUUACAAUUGAAAUAAUUCCUAAAUUAAAUAUUGAUCGAAUUCGUUUUCAAUUGGAAAUUCCUAAAUCUCGACAUAUAUCAGAUCUUCGAUGGAUUCAUAAUCAUCAAUGA